AUGUUAUUUGCGACCUGGCUCGCUCAGACUCGGAAUUUAGCUCUGUCUUCUGUCUCGUCGUAUAUUGCUGCUGUCCGUUCUUGGCACAUUGACCUUGGCGCACCAGAUCCCACCCGCGGGGCGACCAGAUUGGCCAGAUUAUUACGCGGCAUCCGCCGCUGUCGUUCUUCGCCUGCAUUGUCACGUCUCCCUGUUAUCAAUCGACUGAUGGGUGUACUCCAGUCGGCGCUCUCCGCUCCGGGGUUUGACCAUGUGAUGUUUUGGGCUGCAUGUUCCACAGCUUUUUUCGGUUUUCUACGUGUUAGCGAGUUUACCUGUGCCGGUGUAUACGUCCCGUCAUGCCAUUUGUCUUUAAGCGACAUUCAGUGGGAUGCUGCCGGACACUAUCGCCUGUUUUUAAAGUCGUCCAAAACGGAUCCUUUUCACAAGGGAUGCACGGUCUUAAUUGGGCCUUCGGGUCACCAGAUUUGUCCUGUUGCCGCGCUGUCUCGGUAUUUGGCCAUCCGCGGUUCGUUCCCUGGUCCUUUGUUUUUGUGCGUCACUGGUGCGCCUCUGUCGCCGUCUCUGGUUAAUGCUUGGCUCCGCUUCAUUCUCAAGGCUGCCGGUGUUCCUGGGAAUUAUUCUAGCGACAGUUUUCGUAUUGGUGCGGCUACUUCGGCCGCUCUGGCGGGUGUUCCGGACCAUGUUAUCAAGAUUUUGGGUCGUUGGUCCAGUGACUGCUACUUGCGCUAUAUUCGGACACCUCCCCACAUCAUUCUCCAAACUGCUCGUCACAUUGUUUGA